UCUCCGGUUUCCUGAGCUGCGGGCUGCAAGGGAGGAGAAGCGGCGUCUUGCAACCCCCUCGGCUGGGCCCCGGGGUAAUUCGAUGCGGGCCUGGCGAGGCUCCCCCCGCUAGACCCGGGCUCGCGUCUCGGCAGCCUCCACCCACCGGCCCACCCUACAUUUAGCGCAUCAUGUGAUCCGGAGUCAAGUGGAGCUGACAGCCUCCCAGAUCCUGGAAGGUUUUGUCGGGAUCAAUGUGACUCUGGAAACAAAUGGAUGAAUGAAUAUCCAUAUGAAGAGGAAAACAAUAAAGAAUAUCAACACCCUUGAGAACAGAAUGUUAAUGCUUGAUGGGAUGCCGGCAGUCAGAGUCAAAACAGAGCUUUUGGAAUCUGAACAAGGGUCUCCAAACGUCCACAACUACCCCGAUAUGGAAGCUGUUCCCCUGUUGCUAAAUAAUGUGAAAGGGGAACCCCCGGAGGAUCCGUUAUGCGUAGAUCACUUCCAGACACAAACUGAGCCAGUGGACUUGUCCAUCAACAAAGCCAGGACAUCCCCCACAGCCGUUUCCUCCUCCCCCGUUUCCAUGACAGCGUCCGCCUCCUCCCCUUCUUCAACUUCAACCUCUUCGUCGUCUUCUAGUCGUCCAGCCUCAUCCCCAACUGUUAUAACAUCAGUAUCUUCAGCAUCAUCUUCGUCAACGGUAUUAACUCCAGGGCCCCUUGUUGCCUCUGCCUCUGGUGUGGGAGGCCAGCAGUUUUUGCACAUUAUCCAUCCCGUUCCGCCUUCAAGUCCCAUGAAUUUACAGUCUAACAAACUGAGUCACGUUCACCGCAUCCCCGUGGUGGUCCAGUCGGUGCCUGUCGUCUACACAGCUGUGCGGUCACCUGGAAAUGUGAACAACACUAUCGUCGUACCACUUUUGGAGGAUGGGAGAAGCCAUGGCAAAGCACAAAUGGACCCCCGAGGCCUAUCUCCCAGACAAAGUAAAAGUGACAGUGAUGAUGAUGACCUGCCAAAUGUGACCUUAGAUAGCGUUAAUGAAACUGGAUCUACGGCCCUUUCCAUAGCCAGAGCAGUACAAGAGGUACAUCCGUCCCCAGUAUCAAGGGUCCGGGGAAAUCGAAUGAAUAAUCAGAAGUUUGCUUGUUCAAUCUCACCAUUUAGUAUUGAGAGCACAAGACGCCAGAGAAGGUCUGAAUCCCCAGACUCCAGAAAACGGCGUAUCCACAGAUGUGAUUUUGAGGGAUGCAACAAAGUGUACACAAAAAGUUCUCACCUGAAGGCUCAUCGAAGGACACAUACAGGAGAGAAACCCUACAAGUGUACCUGGGAAGGCUGCACCUGGAAAUUCGCUCGUUCGGAUGAACUGACGAGGCAUUACCGCAAACACACGGGAGUGAAGCCAUUCAAGUGCGCAGACUGUGAUCGCAGCUUUUCCCGGUCAGAUCACUUGGCACUGCACCGCCGGAGGCAUAUGCUGGUGUGAGGAAGGCUACCUGUCCAGCUGAGUGUAAGAGCUGGAUCUCUUAGCGGCACCCAAUUCAGCAGGGCUGAAUCCCCUUCACAGUGUUAACACAAAAGGGCAUCACCAUCCCACGAUGUCUGAAAGCAGAGCAGGAAAAAGAAGUAGUAACACUUCUCCUUUCGGUCUGAAGGUAACCCCCAUCAUGACUACACGAGAAACAACUUCAUGCUGGCCUGGGAGAUCGGUGACACAAAUGCUGAAGAGACAGGCAUUGUUUUCCGUGCUGUGUCCUCUGCCAUUUCAAGAUGUUUGUAGUUUGUACAUUUUCUGAGCUGUCAGACGUUUUGUUAUUGAUACUUUAAAGGUCAUCUACCACAAAUUGAUGGCUAGAGCAAGACCUUGUAAAUUUGAAUUAUUCUCCCAUCAUCCCACCCCUGAACCCGUUUUUACAAAAGUUUGAGUUACUGUCUAAGUAAGAUAGAACCCACUUCCAAUCUGUUACCAGCAAGCAGCCUGAAAGUAGAAAAGAAGAAGCUGUUGGAGAGGUUCCAUUACCUGAAAAGAAAGGAGCGCUCAGGCAGCCCUUUGCAAUAGUGAUGGCAGCCACUAGAUAUCACCCGCAACUUGUCAUUAUGCCAUCCAUGCCCUGGAGAAAACCAACAUUGAUUCUUUCAUUUGUUUGUUGUUGAUCGUUUUUGUUUUGUUCUGCUUCUGUUUUGUUCAUCUGUUCGAGCAGAGGGGCAGCGACAUUUCAGUUGGAGUCUAGUCCUGGUGUCUGCCCUGGCAUGGACGGGCACAGAGCUGUUCUGUAGUUGAAUAGGAAGAGCCUGUCUAAAAAAACUACUGCCCCACUUCAAAUUGCAGUGUUCUGUCACCUAGGCAUCAUCUCUUCCUGCCCCUAGUAUUUGAUUACAAGGAAUCGGGGGGAGGGGGAAACUUUCUUAGACACACUGGCACCAAGGUAAGAGGUGGGGCUGACCAGGCAGUCAGUGAACAUGAAAAAAUCAGACAAAGCAGAGAUGGAAAUAAUGCACCUCUUGAGGAGAAAAGCAAUAAUGAAUAAAAGGACUUGCCUACAAUAACUUCACUGAGGACUCAUGUUACCAAUUUUCAUACUUACUAAAGGGAUUGUAAAAAACACCCCAGCAUUUUAGAGGUCUUGGUUACAUUUGCAGCACUGAGGUAAUCUUUCUGCUGUUUGUUGUCCUCCUUGGUUGAGUACCACAAUUAAAGAUUAUGCUCCCCCUUUUCUUGUUUGAAAACAGUUAUUUGGUGACUAGAAAGGCCACGGAGGCAUAGCAGGGAAUUAACUCUUGGGUGAAUGGGUCCGUUCUUGGAACCAAGUCAGUGGGAAAGGAAUGCUUCCCAAGGAAAGCCUGACACGGUGCUAGUUUCCUCCCUUGGAGAGCCAAGGAUAAGUGACUCUCCAAUAGGUUCUUCUCUACAGAUUUCAUUUUCUAAACUGUAUUAGCACCCAGUGGUUCU